CUCACAACAGACGGUCAUCGCAACAACAAUUGAAGAGAGGACCGGUACAGACACCCCUCCUCUUGACUCGCUUGUUUGUACCCAUUGGAAGGCAUGCCUCCCAAGAAGAAAGUCUCACCCAAAUCCAGUAGUAGUAGCAGCAGCAAGAAAAGUAGCACUCCUUCUCCAGCCGCCAGCAGCAUGAAGACGACGGCGACCGCUCGAAAGACGGCCUCUCGAUCUCGGGCGGCUCCUGCCACUUUGAGGGCAGGUGGAGCAGCACCACCACCAUCUAACCGAACACGACCAGCCGCCGGUCGCAACGGUAAACCCUUGAAACCGGCCAUUCGCAAGACAACAGUCGCCCCGGCACGCAAACGACCGACUGCUACAGGCACUGCUGCCGUUCCAAAAGUUCGAAAACGCUUUGUGCCCCCACCACCGCCUCCCAUGUAUUGGAUCUGCUAUGACUUUACCGUCAAAUUAGUGCGAGGGUUGUGUCUGGGAGUGGCCAUUGGGUUGGUACUGACCGUGGUGGUGCCGUGGAUGUUGGACACGGGAUACUUUUUCUACGACAAGGUCCAAGAUGGCGAUUUGGUCAUUACUGUUUCCGACUACUUGUCCAAUGUGUCACUGCCUUCACUAUCGUGGAAUGAAACCUCCAAAAAACUCUGGCGGGUCGAUCAGAGCUCCUCACAACAACAAGGAGCAGGACAUAAGCAUUCGUCCUUUUUGCGACACACGCCGGCACCCACACGAGAUCCCAAACUGGUCGCCGACGAACACUUGGCACGCACGUUUUCACGUCGCAAUCGAACCAUUACUGUGGUGCAUGUCGGUCAUACCGGUGGUCGAUCACUCAUGGAAAUCUGUCCGCAAGUCUCUUGUCAGGAACGAUUUGCCAAUGAUCCUACACACGAAUUGUUAAAAACCUGUCUGGAAACAACGACUACAGGCAGUCGCAACAAACUUUCACCAUUGUCCCGACAAGCCAAACAUUACUUUCAUUUGGGUGCCAUUCAAGACACGGCACUGCAACAAUCGACCACCUUUUUAUUUACCCUUCGCAAUCCCGUCGAUCGCAUGCUCGCUAUUUUUGCCGAGGCGCAUCCUCUUUCGUGUACUCCCGACGCUGCCUUACAACCCCAACAACCCUGGGGGUGCAUGACGAAACAAUACUGGAACAUGCCCGGGACGCAACAAUAUUCUUUUUAUAUAAAAUGCUUUCCCCAACCACAACCCGAAGCCUUUUGUCAAGCGACACGGUUUCCAUGGUCGGACGAAUUGAAACAACAACCAACGAUUGAAACGGCACAACAACAAAAACACGAUUGUCGAUGGAUGGCCCGGGAGUUUGCCAUGGGAGAAAACGAAAAUGACAUUUCGUUGGCGCCCCACGCGUUUCACAAUUACGAAUAUUACGCCGACAAGACCGUACGAAGUAAUUUAAAAGCCCACGAAAUUUUGGCUGUACGAGCCGAACACGAAGCGGACGAUUUGCGAUGGUUGCAUUUGCUCAUGGGAGGCGACGGUGGCGCCGUCUUGCCAACCCCAAAGACGGUCGUCAUUCCGACCGUGUCGGCACAAGCCUACCAGAAACUCUGUUGUGUCUUGCACAAGGAAAUUGCACAGUACGAGACCAUUUUGAAACGAGUGGCCAAUCUACCGGAUUAUCAAAAAGAAGAAUCCAUGAUGGAUUUGCAACAAAAGUGCGGAAUUGCCCAAAAUACCGAAUCGAUGUGGUCCACGUGGAGAUCCGAGUGUGAGAAUCAAUUGCAAAUGGACGAAGUCGUCUUGUCGCCAUUUACGCCGUAGCGAGGGGGUUCCUUUUGACUUAAAUGAUGAUUCGUGUUUUUCUUCAAAACGGAAUUUUAAAAGUCAUGACCUCGAUUGCGAGACGAAAUGGGGAGCAAGAAAACGGGCAACAAUCGAGUUGUACCGUAGGAAAUCGACGGUAGCCACCAAGGCUCGAGAGCUUUUGUUCUCGUCAAGACGGGGAAGGAGCAUCCAGUGCGAAAAUGAUUGAAUUUGAUCAGCGCCAAUUAUCGAAUCAACUAGUAGCCCCUCUGCAAUGGAACCUCGAUCGUCGCGAGCGAAAGAGUCCUCUCCGAGUUUUCCCUCAAGCUAUUCGCUCGUGUAGCCAUUUAAUUAAUCCUUUCGAACCUACAAUCCC